UUGCCGAAAAACUUGUUUGCAGGAGCAAAGCCAUGAAAUCAGUUAGUUUUCGGUAUUCAAAGCAAACAGAACGGGAGCGCGGAGCAGUAGAAACUGAGAAUUGGAAAAAGUAUUUGGAUAUAAAUAAAUAGCAACUGCUCCUCUACUGGAAAUCACAGCCCCAAGAUGAGCAAAGAACAGCAGGUCGAAGGUGGCGACUCGGCAAUGAAAUCCACCUCAGAGUUUGCAAACAAGACGCUGCAGGAUUACGAGGUGCUGGCCGUGAUGGGCAACGGAGCCUUCGGCACCUGCUACAAGGUGAAGGAUAAGACCACUGGCGUCCUCUACGCCUGGAAGGGCAUGAACUACGAUGAGCUGGACGAUGAGAAAUGUGAAUCUCUUAUAUCCGAGAUAACCGUUCUACGACAGCUGCAGCAUCCCAAUAUUGUGCAGUACUAUCAUCACCUGGUCAAUCGCGAGGCCAAGUCCAUUUAUAUUGUCAUGGAGUGCUGCGACGGCGGUGAUCUCGCCCAGCUCAUACAGCGUGCCCGCUCACAGCGAAAGCGUUUCGAGGAGCCGUACAUCUGGCGCGUGCUCUUCCAGCUGUGCCGUGCAUUGCAGGUGUGCCACAACAAGAUACCCAGUGGAACAAUUCUGCAUCGGGACAUCAAGCCGGCAAACAUCUUCCUGGAUGCCUGUGGGAAUGUGAAGCUCGGUGAUUUUGGCUUGGCGCGUGUCCUACGGCGCGAUCAGAGCUUUGCGGCCAGCUUUGUGGGCACGCCGCACUACAUGAGCCCGGAGCUGGUCAAGGGCCGGCAAUACGACCGCAAGAGCGAUGUCUGGGCUGUGGGCUGCUUGAUCUACGAGUUGUGUGCAUUGCGUCCGCCCUUCCGGGGACGUGCCUUUGAACAGCUCUCGGAGAAUAUCGCCCAUGGCCAGUUCAGCUGCAUUCCGGCGGUCUACAGUGCCGAUCUGCAGUCGAUCAUUGGCUUUAUGCUGGCCGUCGAUCAUGAGGAACGACCGGGCAUUGAGGUAAUCACACGACAUCCACUGCUGGUGCGGAACAUUAACCAGUUGCCAGCUGAAUUUCCGCGUCUCGUGGACGCUGGCGAGGAUUUCCAGUUGCCCGGUGCGGGCAAGCUGUUUCCCGACUCACCCGAACUGUCCAGCACGCUCUUCACGGAGCAGUAUAGCUUCAAUGAGGGCUAUGGCCAGCGGCGACUGAGCGUCACGGGCGUUUUUACGCCCGAUUUGCGCAACGAGCUCUUCUACUCGGCUAAGCGUCGCAUCUUCGGCAGUAGGCAGCUGCUCAAGUCGGAUCCAUCGCUCUACGAGAGCAUCAAGCGUGAGCAUAGUCCCCAACGCAUCACCCAGAACAUAUUCGACGAGGCGCUGCAGAAGCGUAUGCAUGCCAUACGGGCUCAGGAGUCGCUACUGGAGCAGCGCGCUAAUGAGCUGGCGGCGGCCGAGCAGCGCGUGAAGGCAAUGGAACGCGAGCUACGGCUUAAGUUGGAGCAGGUGGAGCAGCAGGCGCAGGCGCAGAUGCAGGCACAGUCACAGCCACAGAAACUAUGCACUUGCCAGAUGGUGCCGCCCGUGCCACCACGCAAGCCGCUGGCCAAACGCCACGAUGACACCUACUGCAGCAUUGAGCUAAACGAGACGUCGCCAACGGUGGCCAAAAUGAAUCUGGCCCUGAUGACGGCGCCCAAACAGCUGCAGCUGCAGAGCCAGAGCAGCACGUUGCGUAAGGUGACAUUUCAAUCACCGCCCAAAUGCAGCAAAUUUGGGCCGGAGCAGUCAGCUGGUGCUCCUCCUGCUCCCCCUGUGCUGCCAAUGCAGACUAGUGUCUCCAGUAAUGAGUCUGCCGAGAGUCAGGCCUCUAGCACGCGUCGCAAGUCCAUUUUGUCACUGUUCGGGCUGAGUCGAGUGAGCAAGGCGCCUGCCAAAUCUACAGCAACAGCAGCAGCUCCAGCUCCUGCUGCAGCCACGCAACCGCAGCGACGCCCGCCCUUGGCUGUUAAGCUGCCAGCUACGCAGCAACUGCCGUCCCAACAACAGCAACAGCAGCAGUUCAACAACAUGUGGACCAAGGAGCAAAAGCGAGCUGCUUUUGAUCUGCUGGCGGCCAUGAAUGCUGCGGAGAAGGAUUCAGCCAGCGUGGUGGCAGCGCGUCGUCAGCAGCUGCGGCAAUCGGUGCGCGAGCGCAACAGCAGCAUGCAACGCAAUCGUGCAAUGCGACGCUCCCUCGUUCUAACAGCUGGCGGAGCACAGCCGAAGCCAUUAAUUCUUGGCUCACGUGAACAAAUGUUGAUUUAAGUUGCAAUCGAGGAAUCCGUUUCGGGUGACUGAAGGGGGCACUCAAAGUGGCCCGCCUUGUGAUGUG